CCAGGAACUCGCCCAUACAUUCUUUCUCUCAAUUCACGAUCAAACUGCCAAAGACAAUCAACCCCACGCACUUCCGUCACCAUGUCCCUGGUGACAUAUUCUGAUUCAGAAGCGUCCGAUGACGAAAAGCCUCAGUUCAAAGCCGCACCACCGAAUCCUUCGACUGCGCCCACAAACAGCAGUUUUACAGUCAACAAAGCAAAUCCGAGAAAGAUUCAAGUCAAACUACAUGACACUCCUAGUAACGGCGACACCGAUGGCGAACCAGCGGCCAAAAGACCACGCGUUGGAGCUGGGGCCUUCAGUGGCUUCAACGCACUGCUUCCUCCCCCAAAACGGGAUGCAGACAUAAAGACAACCCCGAAGCCAGCCGCCAGGAAAGUGUUCAGUCUCAAGACAGGUGCCGAGCCAGGAUUCAGUCGAGAGGCGGAUGCGGAAAUGCGGCAAUUCUUUGCUGAACAAGACACCGGCGAUCAGGAUGAUACAAUACCUUCAGUCACUAAGAAAAGCGUGGGUGUCGAGGAAAACGGAUCAAUAGCACAGCCACCAAAAGGCAAUGCAUUCAUGUUCAAACCUCUCUCAGUGGCUCGGAACAACAAAAAACCAAAGCGGAAAGCAGAUACUGCAAAAAUUGUUGUCCCGAAGGGUGCUGAUGGCCUGACAACGUCUUCCCCAAGUGUUGUCCGGCCGCCGGCAGUUGAUGUAACUGCACCUGCUCCAGCACCCAAGAAAGUCAGCCUAUUUGGUAUGGGUACCGACGCUGUACCUGAAGUCGUCUCUGAGCAGCCAGACGAAGAAGACGAGAUCGUGGAAGUCCUAGACGAGCCGGAGCCGGCCUUCGACAAUUUCUCAUCUACAUCAAACGCAGUACCUUCAGCGAGCUCUGCAGCUAAUCAAGGCCAAUCCCUGGACUCAAUCGCCUCAGAUCUAGGUCUCUCCAAAGCCGACCGCCGACAACUCUUCGGCCGGCGAGGAGACUCUGGAGGAACAGCCAUCAACGUCUUCAACUUCAACACAGACCAGGAAUAUGCAGCCAAUGAAGAACUACGAGCGAGUGGCGAACAGGUGCAGCAUAAUCCUGUUCGCGGCAUCGCUCCGGGCAAACAUAGUCUCAAACAACUACUUAGCGCCGCCACGACUCAAAAAGACGCCCUAGAAGAGAGCUUCGCUACUGGGCGAAAGAACAAGAAGGAAGCUGGAUCAAAAUAUGGUUGGUAAUGGUAAUCGACCGUAUCGAGCAGGCUUUGACCUCAUGACAACCGUCUCAUAAUACAUACACAUCUUAUCGGCCACCUCCUCGGCGACGACUGAACUCUCUGUCUCCUUGCUUCAACGGUCUUCGUGCUUUCCAAUCCGGACACCAAGACGUUGCGAUCUGGACGCGUUCAAUCCUCACAAUAGGCUUACUCGUCGCCAUGCAACAUCUCUUCAUCGUGCUCUUCAUCUUCUUCUCGAUCGACGUCGUCCCCGACCUGUUCUUCAUCUCCAUCUUCAGCAUCGACAUCGUCCCCGUCCUCUUCUUCUUCUUCAUCUGCACUCGAACUGGCGACCUCCUCAUCCUCACUUUCGUUCUGCCCUCCCUGUUCAACUGCAUCCGCCGCCCGUCUCACUGGCGCAUCGAGCUGCCCAAUGACUGUUUCGGAGGUGCAGUCUCCAUGUGGUGGGUUGGCAUUGAGGCCCCCAUCAGACGUAUACACAUCAUGGGGACCCCAAUUCAUUUCCGGAAAGCGCGCCGGAGACUGGCCGCCCAUGCUGUUUGUCAUGUUGUUCGUUGCAGUGAUGAUGGGCGUCAUGAUCAUCGCAGGGUUUAUUGCUGGCUGGAAUGUCAAACUUCCAUCUGGCAAAAGACGGAACUCCUGUCGAGCGAUUUCGACGACAUUAGUCGACAUGAACAUUGGAGGAGGCAUUAGGUCAUGCGAGAGGCCUCCUUGACGAGGUGCAUUGCGCUGUGGAAUAGGAGAGCGAUUUCGACGACGAGCCAUCGCGUUGGAAUGGUUCAAGUCCAACGCUAUCCGUGGCUGAGGGUCCAGGUUGCUCUGGCUUGGUGCUGGCUGGUCUGGGUGUCCUGAUGCUCGGAGAGGGAGACAGUGGGCUUGAGAAGCUUGAAACCCAGCCGCUUGACUGGUAUGGCACUGUAAGCCGACGCCUUGAGCCUGAAUACCCGUCAUGCCUUGCACGACUUGCAUCUGUGGUGGCAUAUAUUGUUGUCGGGUGGCCAUUGAAGGGAUUGGCUGCAUCGCAUGUGGUGCAAGUGGAUGUAUUAUUGCAUUUGGAGCGCCUGCAAGAGUGUUGCUGGGAUUGUUGCCCGCUUGCUCGCGUGCAUCAGCAGCAGCAGCAGCAAUAUGAGCCUGUCGCAUGCGGGACAGGUGAUGGCUUAGCUCUCGUACGUACAAUGGAGGAGUAAGUCGAGCAGGUUGUGCUGUUGUGGAAGGAGACGCCGUGGCAGCCGAUGUAUUCAUGUUGCUGUUGUUGUUAUCGCCAUUCUGUUGACCUCCAGCGCCAGAAGCCGUGUCCGUCUGUUGUCUCCUCAUAUCUUCGAGCUGUCGUCGGGUUGGAUUGCCUUGUGGAUACACGCAAUCGUACUUGUGGUGUCUACUGCUAACGCAGUACCCGCAUACAGGUCUUACUCCGUCGCACUUCUUCUUGUGGAUGAUACACCGCACACAGCGGUUUCCCGAGGCAGUGGACCUCGCGUACACCUUGUGAGGAGGUUGCGGUGCUUGCGGUGCUUGAGGAGGAUCGUUCCCGCGCUGAUCACCGCCGUCGCCACUGGUGUUGGUGCUAGUUGCGAAGGAGGCAAAGGAGGAAGAGCAAGAGGAGGGGAAGGAGUUGCCAGUUCCAGAGUUUGAGAGAUCCAGCGCGCUUUGAGCCAUAAAGGCGAGAGAUGCCUUGUUUGACACGGCAGGAUGUGAAGACGAGAUGUCCUUGUGGCCAAUCAGGCUGUCCAAGGCUGGCGCAUCAGGGGCCGCACGGCCACCACGCUCAUCACUCUGGCCAUUCAUUGUUUACAUCGAUGAUGUCGCGAGCAGAAGGAAGAAUUAGGACGAACGAAACCACGACUCGGAUGGUGAAAGGAAAAAGGGUGUGAGAAAGUCGCGAUUGAAUUUACUGCUGCAGUGCUAUGUUUUGGUUCUCCGUUCCUUUCUGCCACACCGGGACGGCCAGCGCGGUCAAGGCAGUGAGAGUGACUACACAGGUCACGGGCAUUUUUCUUCACCGCACACGCGGCAUGCUGGACGAGAGGACUCCCAUAGAAAGCCAGCUGACUGUGCACGAAGAGGUGUGUACAACGGGCACCAAGUAGUCCAUGAUGCCGACGCAAGGCGUUGGAAAGCAACCUGUAUUUCUCAGAGAUAUGAUGCUUUUUUUUUCGGCCGGGAAACCACUUCUCCAGGGAAGUCACUUAACGUCAGCCAGACCUCUCAGCUCAAGAUGGUAUCCGGAUUCUCCUUAUGCCUAGGCCAGAACCUAGCCUCGAUUUCAGGUGUACAAUCAAUACCGGGCACCGAAAAGGCAAUCCGCUUGUUUACGAUUUAAGACACGGCCUGUGUUCUCCAAGGGCGAUAAAGCACUAUUCAACCUUUGAGCUUUUCACUUGAG